GAAGCGAGAUGUUUUCACGGGCAUUUCUGUUCUCGGUGGGAAUGAAUGAUACUUUAAAUGGAGCCCCAGCUGAAGUGUGAUGCGUGAAGUUUAUCCAGAGACGGAAAAACAUUUAAACAACGGUUUGUUUUUUUCUUCAUUUAGCCGCAGCUGCUAAAACCGUAAGUUAGGGAACCUUUUUAUUUGGUCAAACAGAGUUUAGUCUCAGAUGAAGACUGACGACCUUUCAACUUUAUAUAUUCGUCCUGUUGGCUCAUGUCUGGCUCACCUGAGCCUAGUUAGCAGAAGUUUGUUAUGAUGGCCAUGAUGGUGGCCAGAGGAGCCAGAGGAGUCCUUCUGAGCCUGAGGUCCUCUCUGCAGAGAACCGGCUCGUCCUUCAGGCUCAUCCAGAGCCGUUUGAUUAAAGCAGGGCCGGUUUUAAGACACAUACCCAAGGUGACGCUGCUGUGUUGGGGGGCAGUCAGUGCAUCAUCAUCAUCAUCAUCAUCAUGGUCAGCCAGGUGCCAGGAAGCAACACUUUCAGCCCAUACGUCUGACAGAAAGUCUCUAGCCAAAGUCCAAGUCCACAAACUGAUAUUUUUCCUCCGGCUCAGCCUUCGUGCGCUGGUUCUGCUCCUCAAAUUUGCUCCUCUUCUUCUGGUGUCCCCCCUGGCUUUGGUGUCCAGCUGCUGGAUGUCCUGCUGGCUGGACGCGCUGCUGUGGGUGACCGAGUCCUCCGGGCCGACCUUCAUCAAGCUGGGCCAGUGGGCCAGCACCAGGCGGGACAUCUUCUCCCAGGAGUUCUGCCGUCGCUUCUCCAGGCUGCACGUCAAGGUGCGCCCUCACUCCUGGGCUCACACCAAGCAGUGCCUCCGCAGAGCCUUCGGCGAGGCCUGGAGACGGGUCCUGGUGUUCCAGAGCAAAGAGCCCGUGGGCUCGGGAUGCGUGGCGCAGGUGUACCGGGGCUGGGCCCGGGUAGACCAGGUCGAGGACCCGGACUUUCAAUUACUGGUUGAAGAGUUGGAGAAAGAGGACUUGCUGGAAGCUUGGGAGAUCCCAGGUCUUGGAGGUGCUCUGCAGCAGCUCUGGAUGGGGAGGAGGGAGGAGCGGGACCAGGAGGAGACGAACCGUCCAGGUGGUCCACCUGAGGAGGGCAGCGCUGAGAAGGAGCGACUCAUACCUGUGGCAAUCAAGGUGGUCCACCCAGGUGUCAGGAGGCAGGUGGAGAUAGACCUGCUGCUCAUGAAAGCAGGCAGCUGGCUUCUGCACCGCCUGCCUGGACUCAAAUGGCUCAGCUUGUGUGAAGUCGUGGAGGAAUUUGAGAAGCUCAUGACCAAACAGAUCGAUCUGCGUUUUGAGGCCAGAAACAUGGAACGUUUCAGAGAAAACUUCCGCGACGUCGACUACGUCAAGUUUCCAACUCCGUUAAAACCGUUUGUGACCAGAAACAUUUUAGUGGAAACCUUUGAGGAAAGUGAGCUCAUUUCUUUCUACCUGAGUCCUGUGAUUCCUAAAGAGGUGAAGCAGAAAAUCGCCAGAAUUGGAGUGGACACCCUGCUGAAGAUG